AUGAUCUCAAUUUAUCUUGCUGGAGCGAUCUUCUUCGCCGUCCUUCUCUCCAUCUUUCUCUUUCCAGGACACGGGCAUUCGUCUGCACUUUGUGUACCGGUCUCCGUCAACUAUCAUUUCACUCGAAAAUGUAACAUGACUUGCGGGUUCUGUUUCCACACUGCCACAACAUCAGACAUGCAGAGCACCGAAAAGGCUAUGCAGGGUAUCAAGGCCCUCAAAGACGCGGGGAUGCGCAAAAUCAACUUUGCUGGAGGCGAGCCAUUCCUCUACCCAAAGUUCCUUGGGACGAUCAUCGAUUACUGCAAAGAUAUCAAAGUUGAAUCUGUCUCUAUUGUCAGCAACGGCAGUAAGGUUACACGACGAUUCCUCGAGAAGCACGGGAAGCACAUUGACAUCCUUGCCAUUUCCUGUGAUUCAUUCGACGAGCCGACUAAUAUCAAGAUCGGUCGCGGAACAGGCAACAACGUAGAGCAGCUAUACAGAGUCAAGGAAUGGUGCAAGGAGUUUGGAAUCAAGUUCAAGCUCAACACUGUAGUGUGCAACCUCAAUUGGCAGGAGGAUAUGAACAAGCAUAUUUCGGCGCUGGCCCCCUUUCGGUGGAAAUGCUUCCAAGUCCUCAUCGUCAAUGGAGAAAACGACUCACCCGAGCGACUACGUGACGCCACUAAUUUUCUAAUCACGAAUGAACAAUAUCAGCAGUUCAUCACAAGGCACGCGGGUCAAAAGUCAAUAGUUCCAGAAUCAAACCGUGUCAUGGCUAAGUCUUACCUUAUCCUUGACGAAUACAUGCGGUUCCUGGAUCGUGAUGGACGGCAACCUUCCAAGUCUAUCCUGGAGGUGGGGGUACAGAAAGCACUCAAGAGUGUCUUCUGGGACGUAGAAAGCUUCAAGGAGCGCGGAGGGAUAUAUGACUGGCAGGCUACUGGCUCGAGUUGUGGCUCAGUUGAACAGAGUGACCAGAAGGAAUUGGACUGGUGA